UGUCCUUAUAAUUUUGUUUGUUUUACUUCUGUAUUUAAAAUAAAAAUCCAACUUUGGACCAAAUCUCUAAUCCGUGUGCCUCCGACUUCUCAUGAAUUUCCUCUUCCGGGCAUCUAUCAUCUCCUCAGUAACAUCACUAUUUUUUUUUCUCGUCAGAUAAGUGUAGGACUUCAGAGAUUUCCCAGCUUUGUGAGCUUUGGAAGUACAAAUUUUAGAAUAUAAUGAGAUUUCCCAGCUUACUUCUUCUUCUUCUUGCGACUCAGUUGGAAACCCUUCUCUUUAACCCUUGUGAGUCCGUUCGUGAGGAAGAGAUUGCAGCACUGAGAGCUUUUAAGCUGGCUAUAUCGGAAGACCCUCUUAGAAAGCUAUCUGACUGGAGUAGCAGUGGAGAUCCUUGCAGCUGGUCUGGCAUCAAGUGCUCAGAUUCGAAGAACAGUGUGAUUUCUCUAAACUUCUCCAAUUCCUCUUUGAAAGGGUUCCUUGCAGAAGAAGUUGGCUUUCUGAAUUCACUAAAAGAGUUGAUUUUAGAUAAUAAUCUGUUCUAUGGGACAAUGCCUAGACAAAUCGGCAGGCUUAAAAGCUUGCAAGUAUUGGAUUUGAGUGCAAAUCGUUUUUUGGGUCCAAUUCCUUCAGAAAUUGGAGACUUGAUUAGUAUAACAACAAUAAAUCUUCACUUUAAUGGUUUAACUGGUGUCAUCCCUCCUGAGCUUGGUAACCUGGUAAACCUCGUUGAACUUCAGUUGGAUAGGAAUAAGCUUAAUGGACCAAUUCCUGGGAGCAAAAACUCGAAGUCCUCGACAACUGAUGGAAUGUUUGUUUCUCAUGGUAACUCCACUGCUGGUUUGUGCGAGUUAACUAAGUUAGAAGUUGCAGAUUUUUCAUACAAUUUUUUGCAGGGAAAAAUACCUUCUUGCUUGAAAUACCUUCCAAGGUCAAGUUUUCAAGGUAAUUGCUUUCAAGAUAAAGAUUCUUUGAUGCAGCGUUCGAGUCAACAGUGUUUGCUUGUAAAAAGCCAGGAAAGUGCAGAAGAGACUUAUAAGCAAUCAAGUGGCAGAACUAACCAUAAAAAUCUAAAGGAACCUUUGUGGCUAAUGAUUCUAGAAAUAGUUACAGGAGCUGCUCUUGUUGUUUUCUUAGUAAUCUGCAUUGUUCAUAGCGUUAAAAGAUGCAAAUCAAAGUCUAAUGUCACGAUGGAUCGGAAGCGAGCACAAAUCAUGAAGGAUCAGAUAUCAAUAUCAAUUGAUGAUGGAUUUCUCAAACAUGUCUUGAGGUACAGCCGAGAGGAUCUUGAACUAGCUUGUGAAGAUUUCAGCAACAUAAUUGGGUCUUCGGCCAACAGCAAAGUUUAUAAGGGAACUGUAAAGGAUGGUCCUGAAAUUGCUGUCAUAUCACUUUCAGUAUCAGUCACUCACUGGCCAAGCUAUCUUGAGCUUUGCUUUCAGAAGGAGGUGGAUAACUUGGCAAGGUUAAAUCACGAAAACACAUCUAAACUUCUUGGUUAUUGCAAAGAGAAUGAACCAUUUUCAAGAAUGUUAGUCUUUGAAUAUGCAUCCAAUGGAACAUUGUAUGAGCAUCUCCACUAUGGUGAUGCAGGUCAGCUAUCCUGGCUCAGACGCAUGAACAUAGCAAUUGGUGUUGCUCGCGGACUAAGAUAUUUGCACACUGAAGUACAACCUCCAUUCACAAUAUCUGAACUCAACUCCAAUGCAGUAUAUCUGACUGAGGAUUUCUCCCCAAAGUUGGUUGAUUUUGAAAGAUGGAAUGCUAUUGUUUCAAGAUCAGACAAUGGCUUAGGCUACUUAACUAAUGGAAGCUUAUUUAAUGGUUUUCUGGAGACUUCAGAGACAUGGAAUAUGGAUGUGCAGGGUAACACUUAUGCUUUCGGUGUGCUCUUACUGGAGUUGAUCAGUGGAAGGUCUCCAAAUUAUAAAGACAGAGACAGCAUUGUAGACUGGGCAAUAGAUUAUCUACAAGACCCCAACAAGAUGAGCAUGAUAGUAGACCCAGAAAUCAAAAAUGUAAAGAUUGACAACCUCUCUGUACUCUGCCGUGUGAUUAGCCUAUGUAUUGAGCCUGAACUGUCGAAGAGGCCAUCAAUGCAUAUAUUAUGUGCAAUGUUGGAGGAUGGCAUCGACACCUCGGUUGGUGCAAUUUUUAGAGAGCCUUCUCUGGCAUGGGCAGAGCUUGUUCUCUCAGUUUAGUAAAAGAAUUCCAGAUACUGUACAUCCACAGGCGGUAAAACAUAAAAACACAAUGAACUUUUAGAACUUAACGAGUGUUAGAUGAGGCGUCUACUGUAUAUACUUGCUUCAUUAGUGAAGUUGUUAUACAUGAAUUCAAAUUUACAUCGA